AUGAUGCACGCCGCGAGCGCCGCCGGCGCGUCGUCCGCCGUGGCGUUCCCCCCGCGCCGCCCGCCGCGCCGCGGCGCGUCCCCGCUGGACGAGCCGUUCAAGCCCGCGAAGCUUCACAAGCUCCUCGUCGCGCUCGCCUACACGACCCUCUCGGUGCUCCUCCUCUUCUUCAACAAGGCGCUGCUGUCGUCGUUCGACUUCCCGUGCGCGAACGUCAUCACCCUCGCGCAGCUGUGCUUCUCGAACGCGCUGCUGUACGGCCUGCGCCGCGGGCGGUACGUCGCGUUCGUGGACGACGUCUCGCUCGUGCCAAGGGACUGCGUGGACAAGCGCACCGGGUUCCCGACGAUCAAGGCGCGUCCCAUACACUGGUCCCCAUACGACCGCGUUCGCGUGGUGAACGCCGAUCCUUAA